CGAGCAUGAGCGAGAGCAAGCAGCAAGAAGCCGAGGACUAUCUGCGCUCCAGACCGAACGUGAACGUCACCGCCGUGGACAUCUCGCCCAACCCGGCGGCGCUCACAGUCGAGCUGAACCUGGAGGUGGACUUCCACCUGGACGCGCCCGUGACCAACGGCGUCUGGGACAUCGAGUACCUCGUGGACUCGGUCACCAAGCGCCACAUUAUCAAUAUCCUUUCCACCGUCUUGCACUGCGUAUAUUUCCCCAUGAAACAACUGAGAAAGCAAAUUGUGUUCCCUUAACCAAAAAGUGAUUUGUGUGUGCACAACUGGGCCAAGUGGAGGCAACUGACUACGCGCGCGGCGACAACCAUUUCCAGUUCUCGGCCCCUCAAAUCAACAUUUCCGGCAUCCAGCCGAGUCAAUUGACCAAUUGCGGUCUGCUCAUCGCGGCCUUCAAGGACGACAAUGGCGACAUUCUCGACCUCAAGAUGGUCAUCCAAGUGUCGGAGCAGCGCGGCAGUCUCCAGAGAAUCAUCUACAGUCCGCUAGAAUGAGAAGGUCACUACUGGUUCAGUGGUAUAACACCACUGCCAACCGAUCGCCAACAGUGCCAUAAAAAGCAAAAACCUUUUAUCAAUU